GCGGUGCCGGUGCCGCUCGCGGUGCGGGGCUCGGUCGCUCCCGCUGCGGGGCCGCCAUGGCGUGGCCCUGCAUCACCCGCGCCUGCUGCAUCGCCCGCUUCUGGAACCAGCUGGACAAGGCGGACAUCGCCGUCCCGCUCGUCUUCACCAAGUACUCGGAGGCCACCGAGCAUCCCCCCGCGGCCCCGCCGCGCCCCGCGGCCCCCAUCGAGACCCAGCCGGGCGGGGAGGCGGCGGCGGGCGGGGAGCCUGGUCCCGGUGCAGCCCGGCCCGGCCCGGCCCCGCACGCCUCGCCUCCGGCGGACUCGGUGAUGCGGCACGACUACAAGCCCUGGAAGGUGCAGCGGCCCGAGCCGAGCUGCAAGCCCAAGAGCGAGUACCAGCCCUCGGACACUCCCUUCGAGAAGGAGACGCAGUACCAGAAGGAUUUCCGUGCCUGGCCCAUCCCCAAGCGGGGCGACCACCCCUGGAUCCCCAAACCGGGCCCUUCGCCCGUGCUGGCCCUGGACCGCGCUUCCCCGGAGAAACCGGCGCAGGAGAAGCGGCGGAAGGUGCACAUCGCUCCCGAGAAGAAGGAGGAAGACGCCGAGGCGGAGGAUGAGCAUCCCAAAGCGGUGCGGGCCGGGGACGGGAGAGACAAGGGUCGGAAGAAGGCGGAGGAGGCGGGCGGGCAGCUGGCCGAGCCGGGCAGGGGCCGGGCGGCCGCCGAUGCUCUCAACAGGCAGAUCAAGGAGGAGGUGGCGGCGGGGGUCAGCUCGUCCUACAGGAACGAGUUCCGGCCCUGGAUAGACGUGAAGCCCGUGAAAGCGAUACGAGCCAAGCCCCAGUACAAACCACCAGAGGAGAAAAUGAUCCACGAAACCAGUUACAGCGCCCAGUUCAAGGGGGAAACCAGCAAGCCUUCUCCAGCUGACAACAAAUACCUGGAGCGCAGGAGGAUACGCACCCUCUACAGCGAGCCCUACAAAGAACCUCCCAAGGUGGAAAAGCCUAGCAUAAAGCCUUCCAAACCAAAAAAGACCACAACAAGCCAUAAACCCCUGAAAAAGGCCAAAGACAAGCAGAUUGCAUCUGGCCGGGCUGCCAAGAAAAAGAGCGCCGAGACCUCCAACACAGCAAAGCCAGAGGACAAGGAGAAAAGUAAAGAGAUGAACAAUAAACUGGCUGAGGCAAAAGACUGGGAAAUACUGUGAUGUUCAGACAUGGGCUUCAGCUCUGCCUGGUUCCAGCAGUGCCACGGGUCCCUUGGGAACAGCUCCCUAAUCCUAAAUGUCCUGUGGAGAAGAUGUGAGCAAAGGAAAAAAGAAAAUCCUGCUAAUGGGUUGAAGGCAUCUUUCUGCUUCCUAAAAGACCAGCUCUCCCUGAAGGCAGUCUGCUCCAGGGAAGCCAAGGACCAGACACCGGGAAAAUGAUGGAUGAGGAGCAGUGACAGACCUUAGUGACGUGUGAGAGCCCUGAG